AUGACCCUUUCCUGCCCUAACUGGCUCCGCGUAGUCUUCCUCGCCCUGGAGAUCACGGUGUUCUUACCCCAACUCUUGCGCAUCUGGAUUCAAAAGAGGAGCACCGGCCUGUCCCUCAUCUACACAUUUUUGAAUCUCCUUAGUGCCACCGAACGGUUUACCGUCGGUUUCUCCGCAAUCGUCAACUGCACCAUCGCCGGCGCCGAUGCGCCAGCCUUUUUCGUCCAUGAUCCGAGAACAGUGGGAGAUUGGCUGAAUCUGUUGCAGCUAGGUGUCGAUUGGGUGCUGCUCUUGCUCUUCUUCAUUCUAUGUCUUACCUAUCCCCCUCCCCACUCUCCCUACGCCAGUCAGGUACGCAUCCUAGUCGCCGUCCUGUACACGGCGUUCACCCUGAUCUCCGUCGUCCCACUUUUCACCGACGCUCUCUUCCCCUCCAUUUUCCACGAACCGGGUGAACGUCAACUUAAUUUCGGCGUGGCCAUAUUUAUGGGGUUUCAUCUCUUUUUCCUCAAUACCAUAUUCACACUUGUUAGCAUCAGCUCGAUUAUUCCUCAGGCUGUCCAAAUCCGCUCGCUCCCGUUGAAUUUCGAUGUGGUGAGAGUGCGGGACUGCGCUCUCCGAGGGGUAGUAUUGGCAAUGUUAACUGUGUCGUGGGUGUUUCGAGUAAAACUCCCGGAUGGGGUCGAUAUCCUAACGCCGUUCCGGUCCAUUAUUUGUGUUCAUCAAUUCCCCAAUGAACCGGCAUCGUACUAUGUUGAAGAAGCCAAAAAGAAUCGGGAUCGCAGUACGAUAAAUGUGCGAACGGGGAUACCUGAUACCUGGAUCAAGCUCCUAGAACCGGGACGCACUUAUACCAUUCUCUGGACGGGCAAAGAGAUUCCAUACUGGGAUUGGGGUACGCCGCAGCAGAAGGUGGGAACUGAACCAAAAUGGCCCCCUAUCUUGGUUCCGGGUGGUGCACACUGCACCUUUACUGUGCAAGAAGGGCGGCGCCCUCAUAUCCCCUCACCUCCGACGCCACCGCCAAUUGAUCCAAGCGAAAGAGUUCCCGGCGCACCAGUUAUGAGUCUUCAGCUGAGCUGUAGCCCAACAAGGCCUCAAUCUGAGCGCUUGAAUAUGUCUAUCAAGGUCACCUACCACGGUCCCUCAUCCGACCCCAUCACGUUCCACACCUGGGCAUUCAGCCCACUUAGAUCCUUCAGCGUCUAUCGCCGUGUCUUCCCAGAUCAGUCUACUGAACCGAAAUGGAAGACAUGCAUAAUCCAUCAGUCACUACAUGUCUUUUGGGAUAAUCUUGACAGACAGCUCAACGUGGCAGAAAAUGAAGAAGGUCGAUUCGCCACGCUCUUCCCUGGGGAAUCCUGGUCAGAUUCCUGGUCUUUCGAUGCGGAUGGAGAUUGUGAGCCUGAAGACGCCCGACCUGGCCAGCAGCUUCGAUACCAAUUCACAGGGGAAACACUGGACUGGUGGGAUUGGGGUGCGAUGGAGGAUCACGCGCAAACUGUUGUCACGCUGCCUGGCUCGGGAGUUGAACCUAUUAAGCACCCGAAGGACAAUGAUAACCGACCGAAAGUGGUCAUACCAGCUUCUAACAUUGUCGAGUGGAUUGUUCCGCAGUGCUUUGAUCGUCAGUUUGAUUAG